GCGCGUGUUAUUGAGAGAGUCUGCAACGAUAUCGCGUCUGUCCGCGGGGAUAUCGGAACUCGAUGGCUUUUCGGGCUAUCGUUCUACUUUUUUGCAUGCCUCUCUCUCUCUCUCUCUCUCGUGAGAGAGAAAAAGAAUUACGCAGUUUUGUAAGCUACAGACGUAUAUAGGAAGAAGAUACUCACGGCCUUGUGUAAUACAGUUGUUACACGGGAGUAUUUGUAAGUGAUCAAGGACAACGCACGCAGGCGCGUAUGCGUGCCGCGGAAGACGCCGAGCUCCCCAUCCGCAGCGUAUGGGAUUACUCAUCGCGUUGUGCUAUAUAGCGGUAGUAGGCUGUAUUAUACACACACACACACACACACCAUCAGUUUCUUUCCGGCAUUCCGGCGCCCUGGUUCGGGAGCGGCGAAGAUUAAUUUUAGCAUCGGCGAGCUUGGGUUUUUACGCGGCGGCGGCGGCUGCUUUCGAGCGUUCGUUAAACAAGUGCCGGCGCCGCUACGCGCUCAGUGACACUUGGGCUUUCGCCGAGUCUGAUGCGGUGUGCUUAGUGCGCGUUUAAUUUCUAGGUUGGUUCAAAAAGGAACCCAUUAUUAUACUGCCAGGAUGGCUGCGGAAAACGAGCAAAAGGAUUACGGUAAAAGGAUAGAGUAUGAUCCGCUAUGGAAGGGUCCCUUGCAAGAGAAACGCACCCGAACGGAUUCUAAAUUUCUCAUAGCAUUUGGAGUUUUCAUGCUCAUAUGGAUUGCCAUCUCUGUUUAUGCUUUAGUAGCAGGGGAUUUCAAUAUUGCAAUGAAGGAGCUGCAAGACAAAUAUGAGAGUAAUCCAUGGAAUUACAAUAGUGUAAUUCAUGCAAUGAAAAUUGGUAUUGGAUUUUCAAUUUUGGCUGGAAUUGUGUCAAUAAUAUUUAUCAUUUUAUUAAGAUGGUAUGCAAAAUUUAUGGUGUACACGGCUAUCGCUGCGAUUUGCAUCGGAUUGUUAGUUGUAAUCAUUUAUGUGGCCGUCUUAUCUUCUUCACUCCAUGACUCAAGCGGUUUAAUUGCCAUAAUAGUAGUAUUGACUAUCAUGCUCUUGGUAAUAAUAGGAUGUGCUUGUUACUUUCACAAAAAAAUUAACAUUGCCUGUGAAAUUAUACGAGAAGCUAGCAAAGCUGUUAUGUUCUUCCCGUCAUCUCUUGCCUUUCCAGUACUUCCGAAUUUGUUUUACAUCCUUGUAACAAUUUUUGCCAUGAUUGUUUUAAUGAAUUUAUUAUUAAUGGGAGAGAUGAAGAAUGGAAACUUCGAAGCGCCGCCUCACGUUUACUUCUUGCUUAUCGUUUAUCUCUUUGGAUUUUUCUGGCUGUGUGGUUUCAUUACUGGAUUUGCAGAAAUGACUCUGUCUGGAACGUUUUCUACUUGGUACUGGACUCUCCAUAAAGCUUACGUUCCAAAAAAUACCGUUCUACACUGCAUGGGCACCACUGCAAAAUAUCAUCUUGGAACUGUAGCUUUUGGAUCAUUGAUUAUAGCCAUAUGCCAGCUAAUCAAUGCACUUUUAUCUUAUGCGAGAGACAAGUUGCAACAAAGAGGAAAUUCUUUCACUUGCUUCUGCUUUGGCUGGUACCAAUAUUUGUUCCAAAAUUUGGAGCAAUUUGUCAAGUUCAUGAGUCGAGGUGCAUUCGUAAUGAGUGCUAUGCAUGGUACUGGCUUCAUACAAUCAACCAAAGAUGCAUUCAAUCUUUACAUGAGAAAUAUUCUCAAAGUUAUUGUUGCUAGUUCGGUAACCGAUGGGAUAUUGAUCCUUGGUUCAUUAAUUGCCAUGGGAAUAUCAACAUUAGCCACAUGGAGUUACUGUAGCAGUCAGCAUUUAGAUCAUGUAAUGCCACCAGCAUUUAUAUCAGUAAUCUUCCUUUCUGCCCUCAUUUCUUGGGGCUUCUUUAUGGUACUCAAGUCAGCUAUUGACACAAUCUUCCUCUGUGUUUUGGAAGAUUAUGAGCGAAACGAUGGCUCUGAAGAAAAGCCUUAUUACAUGAGUUUGAAGAUACAAUCUGUAUUAUUUAAGGAACAAAGCGAAAACGUUUAAUAUUCUAUUUCUAAAUUCUAAAUCAUUGUUCGAGUACUUCCUAUUGUUAUGUUAGAUUUAAAUCGACUAAAACAAUGUUCUCGUGUUGAUGUAAACUAAGAACUUAUUUUGCAAAAUAUCAUAGACACAACUAUAUUUUGUUUAACUAAUUUUAAAGUGUAAAAUGUAAUGUUUAAUUUUCUAUGAAAAUGUAUAUGAUGCAUUGAUUUAAAAAUGCAACACUCAGAGACUUCUGAAGGAUAAUUUGAAGUUGAUGACAUUGACUUAAUUAAAGUACCUACAUAACAUAUGUACCUCAAAUGCAGCUUGGAGCUACAAAAUACGAAUCCUUGGAAAAAUAAAGUUUUUUACAGAGAAACAA